CAUCAUCAACUCGUUACCAUGGUGCGCUCGAGAACCGGAUGCUUGACGUGUCGUCAACGGAAGCUGAAGUGUGACGAGAAGAAGCCCAUCUGUGGAAAGUGCUGUAAAGCUUCCAGAGAAUGCGUGCCUAGCUCUGGCAUUGUCUUCCGACAUCAACACAAUGCUUCCAUGAAUGGGGACGAUUCUGGGGAUGAAAACACUCUCAAGGGCUUUUAUGCCUACAAGAACACUUUUGACGAUGAUGCCAUUUGGAUGGACAUCCCAAAGCAAGUAACAUUCAUCAACACCACCAACCCUUACCUGGACCCCUUCACAUCCGACUUCGACAAUUUGUCCACCGCAUCUGCGGACUCGCCUGCCCCCUUCGAUGUUCGACCAUCCAUCACAUCCUGGCCGUCCUCAAAUCAACCUCACACCGUCACCAGCACGCCAUCAAGUACUGGCGCGGAUUAUAUGCCACACCUCAGUAUGUCUGCACCCAUGUGCUUCACACCUGAGCUUGAUUCGAUACCGCCAUUGGACCGCACCUCUUUGAACUCCCCACAAACAUCCUCAGCUGGAACACCCAUUUCACCACCAGUCUCACUGGCGAAUUCCCAUCUUCACUCCAUAUUAGGCCACCAUAUUUCCAUGACACCGCCACCCAUCGAUCCACGCCUCGGCUCACCAUUCGAUGUCUCUGAGAUACCCAGAUCAAACUCGUACUCGGCCGCCGGGCGAACGCCGUCCUUUGUUGGAAGCGAUUUGAUGACCGAGCGAGACCACGAGAUUGCAUUUCUACUACGGUAUUUCUCCGAAGGCCCUGGUAAUUGGAUGGACCUCUUCGAUCUUGGCACAUACUUUUCCUCAUACGUGCCUGCUAGAGCUCAAGAAAAUCCGCUUCUGAAGUACGCAGCUGUUGCUUACGCGGCCAAAGCUCUUGCACGAGUGCAAGGUCGCAAACCCAUGGGAGGCAACUCUUCGAGAAUGGCACGCAUAGACACAUAUCCAGAUGCACAAUCGGUCGACUGGUAUCACAAAGCCACGCAGUACUACGACACUGCUGUUUCACUCCUGCUACAGGCGUUGAAAAGCGAUGCUAUCUCCUUCGACUCAGAUUCGGAUCGAGAGUCGGCGUGCGGGGGUGGGGUUGAAUGCCCACCUGCUAAGCGGCGGCGAAAAUCUAGCACUAGCUCGUUCAAGUCCAGCACUGAUGAGCUACUAGCUGCUUCGGCUAUACUCUGCGUCUACGAGUUCCUUGACGCUUCAGUGCCUGAGUGGGCCAAACACCUGAAUGGUGCGAAGUCACUGCUGGUUAUCGCACAAGAACCUCGCCAAGCCACUUUCUGGAAUAUUGCCCGACAAGACAUGCUUGCUGCCUUCAUCAACAGAACCCACACACGUCUAGACACCGAAGAUCACACGCUCUGGAAAGAAGCCGGUCUUCUGAUUGACGACAAUGGCUUUAUCGUCCCCAGUAAUACUACUGAUAGCGGCUACCCUGAAGGCGAGAACAUGAUGAAGGAAGAUCUCAUUUGCAACGCCUUGGUUUGGCUCAUGGCGAAACUGGUCAACUUCAUGGCAGCCGGGGACGAAUUGUCCGAAGAAUUCGGUGUCUCCUUUACUAGUGUCACUCAACGCUCUCUCCUCGACCAUUGGAACUCCCUACAACGACAGUUUCAGGCCUGGUACGACGGGCUACCAAUAACAUUCAAGCCCUGCGCUCGAGUCGAUCCUGUCAGCUCCGCUGUCGGCUUCCCUCAUAGAGAUGAGGGGCUAUUUCCGGAGGUGUGGUACAGUAUCCCGAUGUGUGCUUCAACGAUGCAAGCCUAUCACAUGAGCCAGAUUCAAUUGCUCAUGAACAAACCACACGAGUCAACCCAAGGACGCACAACGGUCUCGGCCCGCAUGAACUCAUAUCAGUCCGUUCUUGCGUCGUGCCAGGCUCACAGCCGCGAGAUUGUCGGAAUCUCACUGAGCCGCUCGGAUGAGGCCGUUCGCAUCCACUCGGUCCAACCUUUAUUUACCGCUGGCCAAUGCCUGAGCGAUCCUAGAGAGCGCCAGGUGGUCAUGGACUUACUUCGGGGAAUCGAGUCAGAUAUUGGAUGGGCUACCCAGUACCGCGCGCAAGCACUGUCUGAGCAGUGGCAAUGCGAAGAACGCGAUCUGCCACUUAUGAACUGA